AUGAGCUCACCUCUGAGACCGAACCCAUCUUCCGCAAAUCGCGGCGCCGCCCCUCGAUCUGGCCUGAAACGGUCUCGCGGGGCCGGCGAUGAUGUUUCUUCAUCUAUUGCCGCUGCCUCAAGCCCAAUGCCCUCGUCACCCCCAGCUUUCAACAUCGCUCACGGAGGUGACGACGACGAUGACAUCGAAGACGAGCCUGAGAUUCAAGAUGACAUUGAUGAGCUCGAUGAGCUAGCCGAAGACGACGUCGACCUUUUCCGCGAGGGUUUCGAGCACGAUUAUGCCGACCGUGAUGCCAACGACGUCUACGAGGGCAUCGAUCUCGAUGACGAGGGAGAUUAUGGAGACAUGGACAUCGCUGAUAGACGGAGGCUCGAGGCACAAUUGAACCGACGAGAUCGCGAGGUUUCUCGCAGGCAGCGCAUGCCUGCUGCCUUUCUCCCUAGCGACGGCGCAGGAUCCCCUGGUGCAAUGGACUUGACUGCACAGCCUCGCCGACGCCGUCACCGCUACGAUGAGGACCCAGAUGAGGACAUGGACGCCGACAUUAUGGAUGAAGAAUUGUCGCUGGAAGCGCUGCGAGACGUCAAGUCGUCAAACAUCACCGAGUGGGUGUCUCAAUUAAACGUGCAGCGUUCUGUUAAGCGAGAGUUCAAGUCAUUCCUCACCGAGUACACGGAUGAGAACGGUCUGUCCGUUUACGGAAACCGUAUCCGCACACUGGGCGAGGUCAACGCCGAGACCCUCGAGGUUUCAUACACCGAGCUUGCAUCGGAAAAAGCUAUUCUAGCUUUCUUUCUCGCAAAUGCCCCCACAGAGAUGCUCAAGUUGUUCGAUGAAGUGGCUAUGGACGUUGUGCUCCUGCAUUACCCGGACUACGAGCGCAUCCACGCCGAGAUUCACGUCAGAAUCUAUGAUCUGCCCUUGAACUACACCCUGCGGCAACUCCGACAGCAACAUCUCAACAGUUUAGUUCGGGUUAGCGGCGUCGUUACCCGGCGCACAGGUGUUUUCCCGCAGCUGAAGUAUGUCAAGUUUGACUGCACCAAGUGUGGAGUUACUCUGGGCCCCUUCCAGCAAGAGUCAAACGUCGAGGUCAAGAUCACUUACUGCCAGAAUUGUCAAUCCCGCGGUCCUUUCACAGUGAACUCUGAGAAGACAGUCUACCGCAACUACCAGAAACUGACCCUCCAGGAGUCACCUGGUACAGUACCGGCUGGUCGUCUCCCACGUCAUAGGGAAGUCAUUCUUCUCUGGGAUCUGAUUGACAAGGCCAAGCCUGGUGAGGAGAUUGAGGUCACUGGUAUCUACCGAAACAAUUACGACGCGCAGUUGAACAACCGCAACGGCUUCCCAGUCUUUGCAACCAUUCUCGAGGCGAACAACGUCGUAAAAGUACACGACCAACUUGCCGGCUUCCGGCUCACAGAGGAGGACGAGCAAGAAAUCCGCAGGCUGUCAAAGGAUCCUCAAAUCAUCGACAAGAUUGUCAACGCAAUCGCACCCAGCAUCUAUGGUCACACAGAUAUCAAGACUGCAGUGGCUCUUUCCCUGUUCGGUGGUGUAGCAAAGACGACAAGGGGCUCUCACCACGUCCGUGGCGACAUCAACGUUCUUCUUCUGGGUGAUCCCGGUACUGCCAAAUCACAGGUGCUCAAGUAUGUCGAGAAGACCGCCCAUCGCGCUGUGUUUGCGACUGGCCAGGGAGCCAGUGCUGUGGGUCUCACGGCUAGUGUCCGUCGAGACCCUCUGACCAGCGAGUGGACUCUUGAGGGCGGUGCGCUUGUGCUCGCCGACCGAGGCACUUGCCUCAUUGACGAGUUUGACAAGAUGAAUGAUCAAGAUCGAACAUCCAUUCACGAAGCCAUGGAGCAGCAAACCAUCUCCAUCUCUAAGGCUGGUAUUGUCACAACGCUGCAAGCACGCUGCGGUAUCAUCGCCGCCGCUAAUCCUAUUGGUGGCCGCUACAACUCAACAAUCCCAUUCUCCGCCAAUGUUGAGCUGACAGAGCCUAUUUUGUCUCGUUUUGAUAUUCUUUGUGUUGUCCGCGACACUGUUGACCCAUCCGAGGACGAGCGUCUCGCUCGCUUCAUCGUCGGAUCGCACAGCCGCAGCCACCCAACUACAGACACACAAAAGACCAACGAUGACUCGAUGGACGUCGAGGGCGAAACUCAGGCGACUGAGACCCAAGCUACCUCCAGGACAGCUGCGAGCCACACGAAGGAGGGUGAGAUCCCACAAGAACUUCUCCGCAAGUACAUCCUCUGGGCGCGGGAGCACUGUUCGCCGAAACUAGGCAACAUGGACGAGGACAAGAUUUCACGACUUUUCGCCGAUAUGCGCAGGGAGAGUCUAGCCACUGGUGCCUACCCAAUUACAGUUCGUCAUCUGGAAGCCAUCAUCCGGAUCAGCGAGGCAUUCUGCCGUAUGAGGCUGGCCGACUACGUUACGUCGCAGGACAUUGACCGAGCCAUCGCCGUCACGAUCGAGAGCUUCGUUGGUAGCCAGAAGGUAAGCUGCAAGAAGGCACUGGCUCGCGCCUUCGCCAAAUACACCUUGGCAAGGCCCAAUGCCGGGCAGCGGAAGGGUGGCACAGCCGCCCGCGGUGGCCGGGCAGCGGCGGUGGUGGCUUAA